CUCUCCAUCUCUCCGUGUCUCUCACCAUCUCCCUUCCCCCUCAUCCUCGUCUUCUUUCCUGGGAUUAAAAUUGGCUGCACUCAUGUGCUGUGUCUUUUGGAGCAGCGGUUGAGAAGCAAAGGCAGGAGGGAAACAGUUAGGUUUAACGGAGGCAGCAGAAGAUGUGCAGUGGUUGGUUGCAAGGCUAGAGGACGCCUGAGAGGACAGGCUGUCUGUGGAGGGGGAGUGGUUGACAAGGAUUUGCGGCACUACCUCAACCUGCGCUUCUCCAAGGGCUCUGUGGACCACGACCACCAACAGAUCAUCAGAGACAACCUCUACCUCCGCACUGUUCCCUGUACUACCAGGCAGCCUAAGGAAGGGGAGGUGCCGGGGGUGGACUACAACUUUGUGAGUGUGGAGCGUUUUAUGGAACUGGAGCAAAGUGGAGCCCUACUAGAGAGUGGAACCUAUGAAGAUAACUUUUACGGCACACCGAAACCUCCAGCGGAGCCAUCCCCUGCAGCCCCUCCUCUGAAUGUGAGUGAGGCCCUGCUGCCUGGAGCCCGGCCCAGCGCCCAGGGCAAGAGGAAGAGAAACCAGUCAGUCAGCAACAUGGAGCAGCGCGCCAGCCUGGAGCCGCCUGAGGAGGAGGAAGAGGAGAGUCCGGUUGUUAACGGCAAUGGGGUGGCCAUCACACCAGAGUCCAGUGAACAUGAGGACAAGAGCACAGAUGCCUCUGGGGAGGUUGCUGUUGAAGCAUCCAGCCAGGCCCUAGCCUCUGCUGAGCCCCCCACCGAAGGAGAGGAGGCCCCAAAAUCUCCCUCUAAAUCCCCCGCCAAAGUCCCAGACGCAGAUGAGGAAGAGCUCGGUCCUCUGCCUGACAACUGGGAGAUGGCCUACACUGAGAAGGGGGAGGUCUACUUCAUAGAUCACAACACCAAAACUACAUCAUGGCUGGAUCCUCGGCUCGCGAAGAAAGCAAAGCCACCAGAAGAAUGCAGGGAAGACGAGCUGCCCUAUGGCUGGGAGAAGAUAGAUGACCCCAUCUACGGCAGCUACUAUGUAGAUCACAUCAAUCGAAGGACUCAGUUUGAGAACCCAGUCCUGGAAGCCAAGAGACGCCUUGAGCAGCAGCGGCAGAUGCAGAGCCAGGGACUGUCCGCUCUACCACUGCCCACUAUAUACAGAGAGAAGCCGUUGUUUACGAGGGACCCAACCCAGCUGAAGGGCACCUUCCUGUCCACAGCCCUGCAAAAGAGCAACAUGGGAUUUGGCUUCACCAUCAUCGGAGGUGACGAGCCGGACGAGUUCCUGCAAGUGAAGAGUGUAAUACCAGAUGGACCGGCCGCUCAGGACGGAAAGAUGGACACAGGAGACGUCAUCGUCUACAUUAAUGACAUCUGUGUUCUCGGCACCACACACGCCGAUGUUGUCAAGCUGUUUCAGUCGGUACCAAUAGGUCAGAGUGUGACCCUUGUGCUCUGUCGAGGAUAUCCUCUGCCUUUUGACCCUGAGGACCCCAGUGGCGCAGCGAGCACCUCCCUGACACCGAUCGGCCUGGAGCACCGCCCCCUGGUGGUGAACGGCCGCGGCAGCUACGACCCGUACCUUGAGUAUCUGUCCUUGAGCUCCCAGCUGCCUCCUCAGGCCCUGGCCCAGGCCGGAGCGCCUCACCCCGGGGACACGCAUCUAGAUGGCUCAUCCCUGCCGCCCACCACACCUGGCUCAGCCUCGGCACUCACACCUCACGACGACAAUGUGUCCAUGGCCUCCUCGGGGACUGCAGGGGUUGGCGGGGCAACAGCAAUGGCGGCAGAGCUGCUGACGGUUACUAUGGUGAAAGGGACGGAGGGAUUUGGGUUCACUAUUGCCGAUAGUCCCACUGGUCAGCGAGUUAAACAGGUGCUGGAGCCGGGCUCGCAGGGAGCGUCGGGGCUGAUAGAGGGAGACCUGAUCCUGGAGGUUAACCAGCAGCCAGUGGCUGCAGCUGGACAUGGACGAGUGGUAGAGAUGCUUAAAGAGUGUCCUGUGGGAGCCGAGGCAACACUCCUCAUACAAAGAGGAACAGGCCACAUCUCUCCAUGGAAGGCCUCCAAACAGUUGACUGACCAGUGGGACCCACAUGGCAGCCCACAGGCAAACAUGUCUGGCCCAGUCUUGCCGCCUGGCACACCCUUCCCAAACCAGCCACAGCACCGCACUUCUGUUCCUGACUCAACUGAAGGCUUUGACCUUAACAAGCCUGACCCUUACGACCUUUACGAGAAGUCGAGGGCUAUCUACGAGAGCCGACGUCCAGAGUACGAAGAGGUGGAGGUGCACCUGCUGAGGGAGAAGACCGGUUUCGGCUUCCGCAUCCUGGGGGGAGACGAGGCCGUGCAGGCUAUUGUUAUUGGCGCUAUAAUAGAGAACACUCCCGCUGAGCGUGAUGGGCGGCUUCGACCCGGGGAUGAGCUCAUUUCUGUGGAUAAAAACGUGGUUGCCGGGAAACCGCACAAAUACGUAAUAGACCUGAUGCAUGCGGCCGCUCGCAACGGUCAAGUCAGCUUGACUGUGAGAAGGAGAGUGCAAAUGCCUGGUGAACCGUGUCCCGUGAACGGCCGCAGCCCUGGCUCAGUGUCGACACAACACAGCUCUCCACGCAGCGACGCAGCCUCAGCUUCAGGCCCUCCGUCGGUCGCAGUCCCUGCUGCCACCUCUCCUCCAGAGGGAUCCGCCCUGCAAACCAGUGAUGUGGUUAUUCACCGCAAGGAGAAUGAGGGCUUCGGCUUCGUCAUCAUCAGCUCCCUGAACAGACCGGAGAAUGCCACCGUCAUCACUGUGCCACAUAAAAUAGGACGCAUCAUUGAGGGCAGCCCUGCAGACCGAUGUGGGAAGCUGAAGGUGGGCGACCGGAUCCUGGCUGUGAACGGACAGUCCAUCAUCAGCAUGCCACACGCAGACAUUGUCAAGCUCAUUAAGGAUGCUGGGCUAACAGUCACACUGCACAUCAUACCAGAGGAGGGUUCCCAUUCUGGGCCCAGCUCAGAGAAGCAGAGCCCCAUGACCCAGAAACACAGCCCACAGACCCAGCCCAGCCCUGUAGCCCAGCCAAGCCAAGGAGGCAUCCAGCCCAGCCAGACAGCUCCUCAGCCAGGCCAGACGGCCACUCAGCCAGGUCAGGCACCUGUCCAGCCCGGCCAGACACCAGCUCAGACAAGCCAAACAGUGACCGGCCCUCCUGCACCAGCAGCCUCUCAGCCUGCAGCAGCUGGAACCCAGCAUAGCCCGGUCACCCAGCCCUCUGGCCUCCCUCCACAGCUCUACCUCCACGACGGCAGGUCAGAGGUAAAAGCCAGACAGGACGUCAAACCUGACUUCCGCCAUCCUCCCUUCACUGAUUACAGGCAACCUCCAGUAGACUACCGUCAUCCACCAGUUACUGAUUAUCGACAGCCUCCAACGCUGGACUACCGACACCCGCCUGGUCUGCUGGAUUUCAGACAGCAUCCUACAGCUGCACAGUUCCCCCUGGGGAUCCCUGCUGACUUCAGACCACAGGACUUUGAUUACUUCACAGUGGAGCUGGAGAAAAGUGCAAAAGGUUUUGGCUUCAGUAUCCGCGGGGGCAGAGAGUACAAGAUGGACCUAUUUGUCUUGCGCCUCGCUGAGGAUGGUCCUGCCAUACGUAAUGGAAGGAUGAGGGUGGGGGAUCAGAUCAUAGAAAUUAACGGGGACAGCACUCGGGAUAUGACUCACGCCCGUGCCAUUGAACUCAUUAAGGCAGGAGGCAGGCGGGUCAGGCUGCUGCUAAAGAGAGGCACAGGACAGGUGCCAGAAUAUGACUGUCCCGGCCCCUGGGAUCCCCUUUCUACAGCCCACUCUGCCCUGCAGGAAGUGACCCUCGGACCCCACCCAAAUCCAUUGCUCUCAUCCCAUCCAGCCUCAGCCCCAGACUCCCCUCAUCAGUUCCCUCUAGAGGCCACAGUGUGCAUGGCAGACAAACCUCCCCAGCUGACAGACCACAGCUCCAUUAGAGGGGCUACAGGUGGCAGGUCCACCCAGCAGAAGUGUGUCAUCAGGGGGCAGGGAACCCCUCAGGGGUCUGGAGAAGUGGACUGUGGACCAGGCGACAGACAGCAUCGGAUUUUGCCUCCCAAAGCUGUCCUGGGGAGGUCCGUUGAAAGACGAGAGAGGCAGAGGGAGGCUUGCUCCCCCUGCUGUGAGAGAAAGGGCCUGCACACACAGGCGAUGAGCACUGUCUGGCCCUGGGACACAUAUGUGAAUGUGAAUUCAAAUGUAGCCUCUCUGGCCAGUGGAGAUGGACAUGUCAGCCUCCAGGAGAGGCUGGUGUCCAGAGGUCUGUUCUCCAAAGAAGAUGAGAGGGCCAGCGGCCACAGUGGGCUCUGCUGCCCCUCUAAAACUGUGGAAGAUCCUCCUGCGAGGAGCGCAGCUGCCUCCCCUGGGCCCUGGAAUGUCCCGGGGUCUGAUAAACUGCCUGGCACCCUGAGGUCCUGGACCUCCACAGUAAGCAGGUAGAAUGGAUCUAGCUGGUUUGGACUGGAUCGCACUGUCUGGCUCCUCUUUCAGUUCACCAUCAGAUGUUUGAGAAAAAUUUCCCUUGCUCUUUCUUUCUGUCCUGUUUUCUUCUCCAUCUACUUGUGAAAUCAUGUUUUGUUUCAUUCGUUCUCAUGAGAUGAUUAUUACACCCACCACCUUAAAAAACAGAAGAACUUUAACGGCUAUUGUAACAUACACUAUAAAACCUGAUGGAGACUACUCAGUAUGAAAGCAUUUUGGACCCUCAGAUGCGACAGUUGAUGUUCCGAUCACAGAUGGAGCAACGAUGUCUGACUCUGAGUGGAGAUGUGCUUUUGAAACAUAGUUUUCUGACCCUGUCUGGCUCAGAUUGAUUAGUGCAACAUAACUUCAGAUGGAACAAGGUUCCUCACAAGAGAGAGACAUAUGUACAUCCAAGAGGUUUACUUUUGCUCCAUUUUCUCUGUGCAGUGGGAAGAAUGAGACCACAAAUCUGUCAGAUGGAGGAAGUGACACUGAAACUCCUGGAGGACAUGGCACUGACCCAAGUGACAGCCUGGUUAACCCGACAUAUGUUAAGCUCUCACACGCCUACCGAUAUAUCAUAUACUGUAAAUGUAAAGAUGUGAAAAAUAUGUACAUUUGGUAAACUCAAAAACAUAACUGUUGGUGUUUUUUGAGGCCGUGUUGUAGUUAGAAACAUUGUAAAGAAAAGAGAAAACAAACACCAGGACAGUAUUUUAGGAUCACUAUUUCCAUGGCCUCGUCUAGAACUACAUAUCAAAGACUGCGACCAAACCCAGACUUCUGAGGGAUGCAGUGGUUGUGUGCAUGGAUAUAAACCACCAUGUCAUUAAACAGGGACUCACAUGUCAAUAGGAGGUAAAUUAUGGAGAGGAUAUCCUCUGUGGAGCUGACCAGUUGGUACUCAUGUGAGACAGAGACAAUGUUUUUCUUCAUCAAAUUGAACUUUUGAGUGGCUGACAACAGUUGGCUUAGUAAGAACUCAUACUGUUCUGUCAACCAUGUAGUCAAUGUGCAGAAUUAUAAGCUGUGCUGUAUUCAUUUGAUGCUCAACAGAAAAAUUAUGUCCAGUCUAUAAUUCCCAUUUCUAUGCCUUUUACUGUGCUAAGUGUACCACAUCACUGUGGGAGAGGGGCAUCGGUGUGAGGAAGAGGAGGCCGAUGGUUAUGAGGUGGGGCGGAGUGCCUUACUCAAACUAAUGCAGAGCUGUUGCCGUUGUGGUUCGUUUUAGGAGCUGAAUGCAAAACAGGUGUCGGUAACCGUGCACACAAAUCAGCAAACUGUUGAGUUGUGGAGCCUGUUUUCUUCGGACUUAACACCAAACAGUAUAUACAGUUAUCUUGAUGCACUCUCAGCUGUAUAGCUUAUCAAUGUCAACAACUGCCCAUGUCCCCUAGUGUUGAAGAGGUCAUAAAAUGUAGCCUGUAGCAUUAGAUCCUCUUCUUAGAGAGUCACUUGGGAGAGUCGAGCCGUGAACCUUUAUCCAGACAGGGUUAUUAUCUAAGUGGACCAUGGUUUCUGUUGUGUCAGAUGACUUUCAUUUCAGCUUUAUUUGUCUUUUCCACAUGUUUGCAGGCAGUGACGGUGACAGAUGAUCUUUGAAACAUAAACGCAUUAAAACAUCUAUUCGAUCACCAAGUUUGGUCACUGGCAGAGUCGAGGCAUGCUGCUAAUAAACGGAGACACCACAGAGGAAGUCACUAUCCUUCUUCAUUUAUCCACUUUGAUAUCAUCCAUUUCUCUGAACAAGAUGUUUGCUCACAUUAAAAUUAAACCACCAGAGCUUCUGAGUACUGGAAUACCAUAAGUUUAAAAAAAAAAAAAAAAAAAAAAAAAAAAUCACAAUGCAAUGUGACAAUGGGACUGAAUGAAUGCAGCAUGAUGGCAGAUCCAAGCUGUACUUUGUACCAAACUGCUCUCAGCGAGACAAUGCACCUGCAGACUGGGAUAGUAAGACCUUGUGCAUAAAGCAUCAGCAGAACUGAAUUUGACCUGCAGUGGUUUCUGGGUAAAACAUAUGGUCUGGAUGUUUCUGAGCCUCAUGGUUCAUGUGAUAAACUGAUUAACAUGUUAGUGAGGAGCAUGAGAACAUGCCAUUAGGCUGUAGAAAUGUGUUUACUGUACGUAGGUGAAAGAAUAUGUCAUCUAGCCCUCUGUCUCCAUCCAGGCCGUCCCCUGCCUGCUGUGAGUGAUUUUGUAUACAGAAACAAAAAAAAAAACGCUUUAUUGGAACCUGUGAAGGAAGGCACGUUCAUAAAUCCCCAUUGAGAUCAAGUAUAACUGUGUAGUGUUAAUUGUGUACUAUUCACCUUGUACAGCUGUAUUCCUACAAAUAUGGUUUACUGUAUCAUUGAUACUGUAGUUUCAAAGACGUGAACAACUAUUUUUAUGAAAUGCGACAGUACUGAUAUAUUACAUUUUGCUAAAAAACAAAAAACUUGUUUACUGAAAGAUAUUCUGAAAUACUGUCAAAUAAACUCUUGACAUGGUGUAAAAUAUUCUCUUCUAGAGAUUGUUUUACUUAUAACCACCGUGGUGAGACUAGAGCUGAAACAAUUAGUCAACUAAUCAACUGACAGAAAAUUAAUGGGCAACAAGUUUGAUAAUCGAUCAAUGGUAUCCAUUUUUUCGCCCAAGCAAAAGUGUUAAAUAUUCUCUGGUUCCAUCAUCUCAACUGU